CGUCGCUCGAAUAAGGUUGUUAUAAACAAAUGUUAAAUCGUGGAGAGAAAUGUCAUAUUGAAAUACUCUAAAUGUCAAUUUUGGUGCUAUAGAAAAAAUAUAUGUGUAAACUUUUGUGAAUUUUGUUAUUUUUUUUUUUUGUAAACAUCAAAAAUCUUUACUAAAAUCAAAAUAUUUUAUUUAAAUUAAAAAUAGAAGUACAAUAAAAACAAAUACAUAAUAAGAAAGAAAAAAAUUAUUUUAAAUAAUUGAAAAAAAGUUUUUUUAUUUUACAAAAAUUAAUUAAAUAUAUUUUAAUAAAUUAAAGAAUAAAAGAGAUUAUGGGAACAGAAAAUAAUCAUUGUACAGAAUUACCUAAUGCCGAUUAUAAUAAUAAACAAUCUGGAGCAAAUAAUAUUAAUGAAAAUAAUUCACAAUCAAUAAGUGUAGAAACAUCAACGAAUUUUAUUGAAAAUAGUGGUAGAAUAUUGCCACAAAAUAUUGAUUUAUGUAAUAAAAGUCUUAAUAAUGAUGAUAUUACGAAAAUUCCAAUUAUAAUUGAUGAAAAUAAUGUUAUUGAUGGUGCUAAGGAAAUAAUUAAAGUGAUACGUAAUGAUUGGAAUUUAAAUAAUGUUAAAUUUAAGUUUUUCACAGAUGGCAUUACAAAUAAAUUGGUUGGAUGUUUUUAUAAUAAAUCUCAAUUAUUAUCAUCAACAUCAUCAUUAUCACAAUCAACAAUAUUAUCGACAACAUCGGAAACGUCAAAUAAAUAUAAUAAUACCAUUGAAUCAUCACAUAAAAUAACUGUAAAUAAUGAAAAUGGUUCUUUUGAUACAUCAGACAAUAAUAUUGAUAUUGUUUUAAUACGUGUCUAUGGCAAUAAUACUGAAUUAUUAAUUGAUCGUAAAGCUGAACAACGUAAUAUACGUUUAUUACAUUCAUAUGGAUUUGCACCACAAUUAUUUGCAACAUUUAAAAAUGGUUUAGCUUAUGAAUAUGUACCUGGUUGUACUUUAACACCAUUAACAGUAAUUCAGCCAAAAAUUUGGACAUUAAUAGCACAACGUAUGGCUGAUAUGCAUAAAGUAAAAUUAUCAAUAAUAUUAAAUCAAAAUAAUAUUAAAUUUAAUAAAAAUGAAAUUGAACCAAUGCUUUGGAGAAAAACUCAAAUUUUAUUGAAUUUAAUACCAGAAAAAUUUAGUGAUAAAAUUAAGCAUGAUCGAGUAUCAAAAAUAUUUUCAUCAAUAUCAGCAUUACGAAAAGAAUUUGAAGAGCUUUAUAAAAUUUUAGAGAAACUUGAUAGUCCUUUAGUAUUUUGUCAUAAUGAUUUAUUACUUGGAAAUGUUAUUUAUAAUGAAAAUUCAAAUCGUGUAACAUUUAUCGAUUAUGAAUAUGCUGAAAUAAAUUAUCAAGGAUUUGAUAUUGGUAAUCAUUUUGCUGAAUUUACUGGUAUCGAAGUCGAUGAAAUCGAUUAUAAACGUUAUCCUUCAAAAGAAUUUCAAUUUGAAUGGUUAGAAGUGUACCUGAAAAGUUAUUUGGAAAUUACUGAAGUACCAAAACAAAAUAUUGAAAAACUAUAUAUUGAAUCUAAUCAAUUUGCAUUGGCAGCGCAUUUAUUUUGGGCAAUAUGGGGCCUAGUACAAGCAGAAAAUUCAAAAAUUGAUUUUGAUUUUGUAAAGUACUCACAAAUCAGAUAUGAAGAAUAUUUAAACAAAAAAGAUGAGUUCCUGUCUUUGAAAAUGCAAAAUUUGUAGAAGAAGCUUUUCAUAAACAAUAGAGGAAUUUAAAUUGUUUCAUAUUGCCAAACUAUAAAUGUUUAAAUUUUAAUUCGACUGAUUUUAAUUGAAAAUCUAAUAAAUCAUAAAAAAAUAGAAAUUAUAUU